AUGGCAACAGUCUUCCCUGAUGGCAGUGGUCUCUUUCAGCAGGAUAAUGCACUCUGCUACACAGCAAAGAUUGUUGGGGAAUGCAGUGUCCAGCCAGCUGCUCGCUCCAUCUUCUCAUCCCCUGAUGCUCAGGGGCCCUCUCUGGGCUCCUGUCAACCUCACACUCACAUCAUGUUCCUCAAGACCCACAAGACAGCCAGCAGCACUGUGCUCAACAUGCUCUACCGCUUUGGAGAGGAGCGCAACCUCCGAUUCGCCCUACCACUGGGCUACCAGUUGGGCUACCCACUGCCCUUCAACGCUCACAGGGUCAAAGGUUACCGAGGUCCCAGAGCCAUCGAGUUCCACAUCAUGGGCAAUCAUAUGAGAUUUAAUAAGCCAGAGGUAGAAAAGGUGAUGCCUGCAGACACCUUCUUCUUCUCCAUCAUCAGAGACCCAGUGGCUCUGGCUGAGUCCUCUUUUGCUUAUUACAAAGAAGUAGCACCUGCCUUUCGGAAAGCUAAAGGCUUGGGUGAUUUUGCUGAUGACCCAAGGAAAUACUAUGACCCUCGUCUCCGCAACAAUCACUACGCCCGCAACCUGCUGUGGUUUGACUUUGGCAUGGACCACAACGCUAAUUUCUCAGUGGUUUUGGCUCAGCGUGGAGAGGCCAUGAUCCAUCAAGCUUUUAAGCUGAUUCUGAUAUCAGAGUACUUUGACCAGUCCAUGAUCCUGCUGAGACAUGCACUCUGCUGGCCACUGGAUGCCGUUGUGUCAUUCAGCCUCAACGCUAGGCAGCAGAAGCCGAGCAGCACAGGAGGGAUGAGUGGCAGCUGGAUGGGCAAAGCAGCAGCAGUGGCUGGUGUCAACAUUAGAGGUGCACGCUCACAAGCCAAGACACCGCCCAAUCUUUCCCUAACAGAGGAACAGCGGGAGAAGCUGCGGCAGUGGAACGCCUUAGACUGGUACUUAUACAAAGCCUUUAACCGGACCUUCUGGGAGGAAAUUGACAGGUUUGGUCAUGACCAGAUGGAGCAAGAAGUGGCUCUUCUUAGGAUACGACGGGACGAUCUGGCCCGGGUUUGUCUGAGGGAUGGUGGGAAGCCUGUGGAGGCCCACAGGAUCCGUGACAAAACCAUCCGGCCAUUCCAGAGCGGAUUAGUGAAGAUUCUGGGCUAUGAGCUCCAGCCAGGACUGGACAACAUCACCAGGACGGCCUGUCUGAGGAUGAUCAGGCCUGAGAUUCAAUACAAAGAUGUGUUGGAUGUUAAACAGUUCCCACGGGCUCAGCCUGUCCAAGCCCAGCCAGGGCAACAGGGCCAGGGACUGAUGAUAGCAGCCGGUGGUUCUUUUUUAAGACAAGACUUGUCCAGGACCGGAGGAGAGAAGCUGGUGGGGGGAGAGGCAAGGGGGAGGAUGGUGGAGGAGAGGGAGAGAGACUGGGAUGGAAGCCAUUUAAAAAGAAGCAACCAGACUUUGCUACGAGCACAAGAAAAAGGAAGGUUGAGAUAG